AUGGACGUAGCUACAUUCGGCGCCACCUGCUCACCUGCUUCGGCACAACACGUGAAGAACUUGAACGCUCAAGAGCAUGCCAAGGAAUUUCCACGAGCAGCUGCAGCCAUCACAAAUAACCACUACGUGGAUGAUUAUUUGGAUAGCUUCAAGACGACCCGAGAAGCGAUAGAGGUGAUCAACGAAGUUAAAAUUGUGCAUUCCCAGGGAGGAUUCACGCUGCGUCACUUCUUGUCCAAUGAAGCAGAUGUACUACACGGCAUUGGAGAACUUCCGGAGGAAUCAACAAAGAUGCUAUCCCUGCAGCGAGGCGAGAAGACUGAAUCCGUGCUCGGUAUGAAAUGGCUUCCGAAAGAGGACGUUUUCGUUUAUUCCGUCGCACUGCGAGAUGAUCUCUCGAAGAUUCUGGUGGACGAAUACGUACCAACUAAGAGAGAAGUGCUCAAAGUUGUAAUGAGUCUGUUCGACCCUCUGGGUUUUAUUUCGUUCUUCCUAAUCCACGGAAAGAUCUUGAUUCAAGAUAUUUGGGCCAGAGGAACCCAGUGGGAUGAGAAGAUUACGGAAGAUCUCUACGUGCGAUGGCGACAAUGGACCAGCCUGUUCGCUGAACUAGGCACCCUGCGCAUACCGCGCUGUUAUUUUCAUUCUCCAUUUCCGGCCAACUUUGAAACCCUACAACUACACAUCUUCGUUGAUGCCAGCGAAGCAGCGUACUCCUGUGUGGCGUAUUUUCGUUUGGAAGUAGGGGAAACUGUGCAAGUAGCAUUCGUCAGCUCCAAGACCAAAGUUGCUCCACUCAAGACGAUAUCGAUUCCCAGGCUCGAAUUGAAGGCUGCUGUACUUGGUACGCGUAUGCUGAAUACUAUAAAGGAUCAGCACACCUUUCCUAUCGCUCGCCAAAUCAUUUGGAGUGAUGCCGGUGUGUGCCUCGCCUGGAUUCGAUCCAAAAAUCAUCGUCGAUAUCACCAAUUCGUCUCCGUUCGUGUGGGUGAAAUCCUGAUGGCGACCGAUCCGCAAGACUGGAGAUGGAUACCUUCAAAAAUCAACGUCGCGGAUCUGGCAACCAAAUGGAAGAACGGUCCGCAAUUGAGCAUGGAUAACCCAUGGUUUGAAGGCGUAGAAUUCCUACACAAAUCCGAAGAACAGUGGCCCGAGGAGCGACCACUACCAGAUACCAGCGAAGAGCUUCGUUCUGCACAUUUCCAACUAGGCCACUUUGCUCCACCGAUCGACAUCUCACGGUUCAGUUCGUGGACUAGAUUACACCGAGCCACCGCGUAUGUUCUGCGCUACAUCGACAACCUUCGCCGGAAGAAGUUUGGUCAACAAUUAGAACUCGGCGGGCUGCAUCAGGACGAGCUGCAGCGAGCUGAACGUGCUUUAUGGAGUUUGGCUCAGUUCGAGGCGUACCCCAACGAGAUUGCUGUACUUUCCAAGUCCCAAGGUUCACCGGAUGAUCGACACCGUAUUGUCAAGAAGUCUAGUCCAAUAUACCGUACCUGGCCUUUCCUGGACAACAAUGGGAUUCUUCGUAUGCGAGGCCGAAUAGGUGCUGCACCAUACGCACCGACGGAAGCUAAGUUCCCGGCAAUCCUCCCCCAUCGUCAUCCACUAACUGUUCUUAUUGUAGACUGGUAUCAUCGUCACUUUCGCCACGCUAACCGAGAAACCAUUGUUAACGAGCUACGACAAAGAUUUGAAAUCGCCAACCUCAGAGCACUUGUGCAAAAAGUUGCGAAAAAUUGCAUGUGGUGUCGAGUGACAAAGGUUUCGCCAAAAACCCCAGCCAUGGCACCACUACCAGAGAUGCGACUGGCAUCAUUUGUCCGACCCUUUACAUUUGUUGGGCUCGACUACUUCGGACCGGUGCUUGUCAAGGUGGGCAGAAGCAAUGCGAAGCGAUGGGUGGCCCUCUUCACCUGCUUGACAAUUAGAGCCGUGCACUUAGAAGUUGUCCAUUCGCUGAGUACCGAAUCCUGUAUUAUGGCAGUACGACGCUUUGUCGCACGGCGCGGACCACCAAGAGAAUUCUGGACGGACAACGCAACCUGCUUUCAAGGGGCGGGUAACGAGUUGAAAGCAGAGAUCGAAGCCAAAACCCGAGCUCUAGCACUAACAUUCACGAGUGCUCAGACGAGCUGGAAGUUCAUUCCCCCAUCCACUCCUCAUAUGGGUGGAGCAUGGGAGAGGCUCGUCCGCUCGGUGAAAGUGGCGAUUGGAGCGAUGCUGGAAGCACCCCGCAAACCAGAUGAUGAGACCAUGGAGACGAUUCUCUACGAAGCAGAGGCCAUGGUAAACUCUAGGCCACUCACCUACAUCCCAUUGGAAUCUGCUGAUGAAGAGGCGUUGACACCCAACCACUUUAUACUUGGCAGUUCCAACGGAGAAAAACUCCUACCUACAGAACCCGUGGAUCAACGAACAACUCUUCGUAGUAGCUGGAAACUAGCCCAAUUCAUCUCCGAUCAGUUCUGGGCUAGAUGGCUAAAAGAGUACCUCCCCGUAAUUACUCGACGAACCAAGUGGUUCGAAGAAACCAAAGAUCUAGAAGUUGGCGACCUGGUACUGGUGGCUGGUGGAACGGCGAGGAACCAGUGGAUUCGAGGAAGGAUUGAGCAAGUGUUCCCGGGACGGGACGGCCGGGUUCGUCAAGCGCUGGUUGGAACGUCAUCUGGGACCCUACGAAGAUCAGCCGCAAGAAUUGCUGUUUUGGACGUCGUGAAGAAUUGUGAAGCAAGUUCAAGGUUUCAAGGAGUUCCUGAUUCUCACCAAGCUUCACGGGUGGGGGAUUGUUACGACGGGGUCCCUCGUUACGCCGACACCGCUGAGUAUGUCGUGUCAUCGGUCGACCGACAGCUGCCCGAGACACGUCAUCAAACUGACAGAAAGAAGAUGUGAUGAAAAAUUGAAAGUCAUGCAGUUGAACUCAGUUCGGAUUGUUCUAGGAAUUUAUUAAGCUAGACAAAAUACUAUUCUACCUAAUCUAAAUUUGAUAUUCUACUUAAUUCUACCUUACACCUAAAGUUCUGUACGCAUUCUACAGUUUGAAUUCUGAAUCGCUAUCGCGUGCAGACUUGCCGAUCCAAUCACUCUCCGCUCAGAAAUUGUCGGUUCACUAAAAUCUUGAAGCUUACCACCAACGACAAAUUUGAGUUUGCUAUCCAGAUUUAGUGAAGAACCCCAACACAGAGAUUCCUUCAGAAACUUGUACAGCACUUAAACAAUUCCACCAGUAAUUCAGAAACAAUUCCUGGUCAUUGCUACAGGAAUUCCUCUAGAAAAAAGUUUUUCUUGGGAUCUUUACAGCUGCUUAUAUGGACGUGUCUCCAGGAAUUCUUUCUGAAAAAUGUCCACAGAUCGCUGCAAGAAUAUUUUCCGAAAUACUUCCAGACACCUAACAAAGGAUUUCUCCAGGAGUUUUUCUAUUAAUUUUCGGAAGCAGAUAUUUCUAGGAAUUCCAGUAAAAAAACGAGAUACCUAGGAGUUUCUCCAAGUUUUCCUCUGAGAAGAUUUCCAGAAAUUCAUCCUAGGAUUCUUUCAAUAAUUUUCCUGACACUACUUCAGGUAUUCCUCCAGAGAUUCAUAAAAGGAAACUUCUGAGAUUUUUACAUGGAUUCUACUGGAAAUUUCUUCAGAAAUUCCUUCAGCGUUAAUUCCAGAAAUUCCUGCUCGGAUUUCUUCUGAAAUUUCUUCACAAAUAUCUCCAGAGUCUUCUUCAGGGAAUUGAAGGGAUUGCUCCAGGAAUGUCAACUAAUGAUUUCUUCGAAAGUCCAUCCAUAGAUUUUUUUUUCAGAUAUUAAAAAUCUUUGAAAAUCCUACAGGAAUUCCUGCAGAAUGACCUACAAGAAAACUUUUCGGUAAUUGCUUCUGCGGUUUCGUCAGAAAUAUGUCCUGGGAUUCCUUCAGUGAUUUUUGCAAGAUUUUUUUUUUCAGAUAUUCCUCCAGGGAUUUUUGUUCAAAAAAGACUGGAAGAAUUCAAAGAAUUCCUUAAGGAGUUUUAGGAAAUUUCUUUUGGAAUUUUAAGAGAAUUCCUGGAGGAUGAUUGUCUGAAGGAAUAUCUUGGUGUUACCUUAGGAGACUCCCAGAAGAAAUUCUUGAAAAUUUUCGGAAGGAAUUCCUGGACAACCAUUAUUGAAGCAAUUUUUUACGCUAUCUUUGGAGGAAUUCCUGGAUGAAUUCUGAAGCGAUUCGUGGAGAAAUUCGUAAAGGAUUUCCUGAAUAAAUGUCUGAGGGAUCGCUGGAGGUUUUACUAAAGGCUUCUUCCUAGUGAUACCUCUGGAGGAAUUCUUAGAAGAUUAUCUUAUGCAACUACUGAAGGGAGAAGUAUACAAAAAUUCCUAAAGUACUAGAGAAAUUUCUGAAGGAAAUCCUGCAGAAUUAAAAAAAAAACCUGGAGGAAUUCAUCAGAGUAUCAAUGAAGAAAUUUCUGAAAAAAAUUUUUUUUUGAAGAAAUCUUCGAAAGAAUACGUGGUAGAACUAGAGAACUUUCUGCAGGUAUUCGUAUUUUUUGAGAAUAACUUCUUGAUUAAUGCUUAUGACUAGAUUCUGGAGCAGUUUCUGCAAAACAUUGCAGAGAUAAUAUUCUGAGAAAUUCUCGUAGCAUUGUCGGAAAAAAUCUGUAAGAAGUCCAUCUAAAUCUGUAAGAAACGUCUAAAUGUGAACCUGGAGAAAUUUCUGGAUAAACCCCUGGAGGAACGUCCAGAAAAAUUGAAAUUUUCUAGAGGAAUUUCUUAAUAAUUGCACGAGAAAGUACCUGAAUAUGUGGAGUAAUACAUAAUGAAACCUCUGGCGAAAUUCCAACAAUAGUUUUCUUAAUUUUUAAUGGAAAACCCUAGAGGAAUAUUGAAAAGCAUCACUAAAAAUGUCCGAAUCCCCGUAAAAAACUGUUGGAAUUGCUUCUUUUGAAGAAACUGCUGGAUGAAUUCCUGCAGAAAUCCCUGGAGUAAUUGCUAGAAGAAUUUCUAGAGGAAUCCCAAAGGAAUAUGCCGGGUGGAAAUCUGAUAGUAUUCCAGGAGGAAUUUCUUCAAAAAUAUUUGAGAAAAAAAACAUGAAGAAAUACAUGAAUUACUUCUGUAGCAAUCCUUGAAGGAACCAAAAAAAAAUGAAUUCCUGAAAUAUUCUUCAAAGGAAUUUCAAAGACAUACAUGGACAGAUAUGCAUUCUGAAGGGAUCAUUUCGCGAUAAUAACAAAAAAAUUCCUUGCAAAAAUAAUUCACGGAGGGGUUUCCCUGGAUCAAUUCUUAAUUUGGCGCAAUAUUGAAGUAAUUUCCAUGGAGGCGUACCCGUAUAGGGGGCGCAUCAAUUUGGAAAUCUUGGGUCACUAUAAUAUUUAUCGUUAUUCAAUGGUAGUGUAUCGUGAUCGUGAUGAUCAAAAGCUAAACUGAAUAAAACGAUAUCAUUCAAUGACGAUACAGAUUAUAAUUUGUUGAUUGUACUUGUUAUCAUGAUAAGGAUGAUUAACUUAAGAUACCGUGAAUCAUAUGGACGAUAACAGGCAUGAUUUCUUGAACCAUCAUUCAAAAAUGACGUUUUUUCCUUAGGUAUCUGUAUUAAUGACAUUUUUUGCGCUAGGCUAGUUCAUCAAGAAACCCCCGAGGCUUUACUUCUCUUUCGAAGGAAGAACUCACAUUUUGUGAGUUUGUCGGGAGAGGGAUUCGAUCCAAGGUCCUUGGGGUGAAAGUUACGUGCUUUAACCACCACAACAGAUUCGCUCCCUCCAAAAUUGCCAUUUUCCCCAUAAUUUUUUUUAAUCAUUUAUGCUAUAAACAGUUUUUUAUAUUCCAUAUGAUACCGCGAAUCAUAUGGAUGAUAGAAGGUAUGAUUUCACCAAAUCUGUUUUAUCAGUUUUUCUUUUCGAAAUCUGUUACUUUUGCGUACGAUAAUGGGAAUUGCUAAUUACUUUUCUUGAUUUGUUUCGUUGAAAUAUAUCAUUAUUAGGUAAACAUUGUGAUAGAUUAGUGGCAACCCAAUGUCUGAACGACGCAUUUCAUUCAGCUCUUCCCCCUACUAGAUCCUGGGAUGGAAGAUUCAAUGGAAACGGCGGGUCACGCCUUCCUAGCGGGAAAUCGUCGAAUUGUAUUCGUUGAUUUAGGUGCUCUUUCGUCUUUCCGGAUUUGAUUUUCUCCUUGGAUUUUUUCGGAGUCUCUCCCAUUUUACCAAUCACAUGCUUUUUUUGUAACCGAAUGGCGAAUAGUUGUUUUUUUUUCUUUCUCUCUCUCUCGUCGACAGAAAAUUGGAAGAUCUAGCUUCGGUUUUUCAUCCGCCCGCUGAGAGGAAGUCGGUGUCUAGGUCGUCGUCGUUGGAUUCUUUUCAUAGGUUUAUAUUCUUGAAGGGGCGAGUAAAGUAAAAUGCAGCAGAGCUACCGUGUUCCAAAUGGUAGCUCUAUAUUCCAUGAUAAAGAAACGUGCAAUACAAAUCCAAUACAUUGUAUUGUAACAAUUGAAAAAACAAUAAAAUAAAUGUAGAACUUAUGAUUAUGUUCCAUACGAUGUAUAGUGAAUUAACGCUCCACGAUAUAUCAUAUAGUUAUCGUCAUAAUGGAUUAUUAAAAUAACUUAAACGGCUACUAUGAAAUGAAGAGAUAGCGCCACCGAAGCAUGUUCAUUUCACUCCAAUUACCUCAAUUCGAACCUUUAUGAUCAUGCUUUCUUAUUGACAAGAAGAAUACAGCACGAGGAGGUUGGUAGGAGGAGGUAGUGGGCGAUUCAACCAAAGACUAUUCCCUCGGGACAAGGAAAAGGGUAAUAAAUGUCGCGGGGCGACGAUGGUCAAGCAGUAGGCCAACAGGCGAAAUGGCCUUUACUUUGAUGCCUCCUCGUCGUUCCUGGUGGAAAGGCGAUUGUAAAAACGAAAAAUGAUUCACUGAUGGGGGAACGGAGGUCGUAUGAGUCAAGUUGGAAUGGAAAAAGUCCAAUGGAAAAACAGUAAAUGGUAUUGUACCAUUGCAGUUACAGUGGAUUGUAAAUAUCAUACAAGAUAAACAGCAAUACAACCUACUCGUAAUAGUAGUAAUAGUACUUGUAUACAUUAUAUUUCCAACAUUCAAUUCUACUGUUAUUGUAUGGUUUUCCAACAAUUGAUUCUUUUGUAUAAAAAGUUAAAAAAAUACCAAACAAUAAAAUAUAUGGUUUGUGUAUCAGAUUUGUUCAAGAAAACAACGAUUUUUGUGUUGUUACGAUACUUUAAAACCUAUAUAUUAUAAAAUGUUGAUUUACCAUAUAUUGUAUGGUACAUAACCAUACGCUCUAUCAUGUUUGUAUUAUCUUUUGUAUGGUAACCACAAUACAAUGUAUUGUAUUUUAUAGUAUUUUUUUCGAGGCAUGGUUUUUAACCAUAUUGUAUAUCGUAUAUGAACAUUUAAGGUAUCGUAACAGUAUAAAAGCCGGGUUUUCUUUUGAUAUUUGUUAGAAUGAAGGUCCAUAAACUAUUGAUCAACCUGGCAACACUUCCAAUUGGACCUCAAAAGGACAAUCUCCGGUUUCCAUUCCUCACUCAAUUGAAGGAUAGUAAGAAAAUAAAAACUAAUGUCAGGUUCGCAGCAAAAAAUCGUCGCCAAUUUCCGCCGGGUUUUCAUCGGAAUCGCAUUCCGGGCCCGUUCGUCACACACACAACACGUCAACAACGGCAUGCUGCUGCUACGCGGCUGCUAGUCAGGCCUGUUGAUUUAUUAAUAGACGUGUGUGACAACAAGUGUUUGGGUGUGGAAAACAUGUGACGCUUGUCAUGGGACUGCAUCACUAACGCCUAGCCAAAUGUGACUGAUCGAUUUUUUUUUGUUUCGUUGGGCGUUUCGUCGGUAAUGCGUUUAUGCGAUGUGAAUUUGUCGGUUCCGGUGUUUUUUUGUAACGUUUCUCUGGCGAAACGGCGAAACCUAGUGUAUUUGUGAUUUGAUACGAGUUCCCACCUUUGUUAGAUAUCUUGGGAUUCCUCAUUGAUCAUAAUAACGUCAGAAUUCAGUGGAAGCUCGAAGUUCCUAAGGGGAAAUUGCAAUAGUACUGCACAGAUAAACAUUUUCUUGUAAAAUUAGGUGAAAAUUCAUGCACAUAAAUAGAAUGCCUGAUUGAGCGUAGAAUUACAUUACGUAUCGUGUAAAAUUUAACCACGGUAGUGUUGAUUUCUGGUUUAUGUCGCGUAAUCCAUCAAAACACCAACCGAUUACGCGAUAUUUCGCGAAAAUUUACAAGAAGCUGAUGUUAGCUUACAUAACGUAUAAUGUAAUUUUGCACGUAAUCUAGCAUUCCUUGCAUGCUAGAUGAAGUUUACGUGAAUAUUUUUUUCAGUGUGGAAUAAUCCUUACUGUGAAGUAGGAACCUACAUAAGUCGCUGUAAAUUUGCAUCAGCUGCUUGAAAAUUGUGAAUUAAGUAAUUAACAGCAAUGAUUCCAAGUGUAAACUGUAAGUCUGUGGUAAUUGUUAGAACACGUAAAAAUAAUGUGUCAUGUGAAGUUCAUUCACUGUUGUGUAAAUUUUCGCUAUUUAUCACGUAAUCCUCCAUGAACUCUAUUACACGAUAUUUCGCGGAAAUUUUCACUUCAGUUGUGCAAUAUUACACGCCAUAUAAGGUAAAUUUACACCACUUCUAACAAUUAUUUUUCUACGUGUAAUAUCCCGCCGAAUUUACCAACGAUUUUUUUCUGUGUAGUUCUCUUGCAGUAGAGUUCAUAAUUUCUAUCUAUCUGUCGUUGUCCCCAUUAAUUUCCCUUGGGCAUUGGAGCCUAUCCUCCAUCCAUGCCAACAUGCCUAUCCGAUGUUGUUUUGGUGAAAAGGAUGACGACGUCAAUGGAUGAUUGCCAUUUUCUCGUUUCCUUCGGUGACUGAUGGCAGCCGUCCGAGCUCAUAAAGUAACUAUGAGAUCCUGCCUCAUGGUUACCAUUCGUGGAAAGGUUAUGGUUGAUCCCAAAGCAGGGCGUUGGAAAGGUAGCGAAAUUUGACAGUCAGUAAUAAAUUGCCACUCUUUUCAGCAGGGGAUUAACACGACGAGAAUGCUUUGCGAAAUUUUUGUAAUAACAUUGAAAAGAUAUAUUUGCACCUGGGCCUGACCGCUUCAAUGCUUGUAAUACAUCUUUGAUGUACUGCAAGCAUUAGGCUAGACUAGGACUAGACUAGACUAGGACUAGACUAGACUAGCACUAGACUAGGACUAGACAAGGACAAUACUAGACAAGGACUAGACUAGACUACACUAGGACUAGACUACACUAGGACUAGACUACACUAGGACUAGACUAGAUUAGGACUAGACUAGACUAGGACUAGACUAGACUAGGACUAGACUAUACUAGGACUAGACGAGACUAGGACUAGACUAGGACUAGACUAGGACUAGACUAGGACUAGACUAGGACUAGACUAGGACUAGACUAGGACUAGACUAGGACUAGACUAGGACUAGACUAGGACUAGACUAGGACUAGACUAGGACUAGACUACUAGGACUAGACUAGGACUAGACUAGGACUAGACUAGGACUAGACUAGGACUAGACUAGGACUAGACUAGGACUAGACUAGGACUAGACUAGGACUAGACUAGGACUAGACUAGGACUAGACUAGGACUAGACUAGGACUAGACUAGGACUAGACUAGGACUAGACUAGGACUAGACUAGGACUAGACUAGGACUAGACUAGGACUAGACUAGGACUAGACUAGGACUAGACUAGGACUAGACUAGGACUAGACUAAACUAGGAAAAGACUAGACUAGGACUAGAUUAGACUAGACUAGGACUAGACUAGACUAGGACUAGACUAGACUAGGACUAGACUAGACUAGGACUAGACUAGACUAAGACUAGACUAUACUAGGACUAGACUAGACUAGGACUAGACUAGGACUAGAUUAGGACUAGAGUAGGACUAGACUAGGACUAGACUAGGACUAGACUAGGACUAGACUAGGACUAGACUAGGACUAGACUAGGACUAGACUAGGACUAGACUAGGACUAGACUAGACUAG